UUUACCCCUUUUCAGCACACGCACGUCACUAUGUCCGUACAAUCUGCACUCAAUAAAUGAAGUGCACCACCCGCCAUUCAUUCAUUCGUUCAUCCAUUCACAUUGCCGAUCGAGCUUUCGAUUCAUACCAGAAGAAAAUGGGGAGUUUGAAGGCGAUUUUGAGCAAUCCGGAUGAUUUGUACCCGUUGUUGAAGCUGAAAAUGGCAGCGAGGCAUGCGGAGAAGCAGAUCCCUGCGGAGCCACACUGGGGAUUUUGUUACACCAUGCUCCACAAGGUCUCCAGAAGUUUCGCACUCGUUAUUCAACAACUUGACACCGAUCUUCGUGAUGCAGUAUGCAUUUUCUACUUGGUUCUCCGAGCACUUGACACAGUUGAGGAUGAUACAAGCAUAGCCAAAGACGUUAAAGUACCCAUCCUAAUGGCUUUUCAUCAACACGUAUAUGAUCGUGAGUGGCAUUUUUCAUGUGGCACAAAGGACUACAAAGUUCUCAUGGAUGAGUUUCAUCACGUUUCUACUGCUUUUCUGGAGCUUGGAAGAAGUUAUAAGGAGGCAAUUGAGGAUAUUACCAUGAGGAUGGGCGCAGGAAUGGCAAAAUUUAUAUGCAAGGAGGUAGAAACGGUGGGUGAAUAUGAUGAAUACUGUCACUAUGUAGCUGGACUUGUUGGAUUAGGGUUGUCGAAGCUAUUUCAUGCUUCUGGAAAAGAAGAUCUAGCUUCUGAUGCUCUAUCCAACUCCAUGGGUUUAUUUCUUCAGAAAACAAACAUUAUCAGAGAUUAUCUGGAAGAUAUGAAUGAGAUACCGAAGUCACGUAUGUUCUGGCCCCAUCAGAUUUGGAGUAAAUAUGUUAACAAACUUGAGUUUGUUGUAUUUUCACUUAAAUAUUUCAUGCUUAUUAUUAUUCUUUUCUGUCUUGGUGUCUUCUUCCAAGGUCUUACUGCUAGAGUUAUCCAUGGAACCAAAACAAUGUCAGAUGUAUAUGGAGCUUUUUACGACUUCUGUCGAAUGUUGAAAUCCAAGGUUGACGACAAUGAUCCUAAUGCUAGAAAAACGAAGGAUCGGCUAGAGGCAAUCUUAAAAACAUGCAGGGACUCUGGAACCUUAAACGAAAGAAAAUCUUACAUAAUUAGGACCAAGACUAGAUACAAUGCUACUUCGAUUGUUAUCAUCUUCAUCAUACUCGCUAUUCUUCUCGCUUACUUGUCUUCAACUCGAUUGGUUUCUACUUUCUAGGAAGCAUCCAAGUACCAGCUUAAUGUACAAAGUCCUAUUUUCUCGUAUUGUGCGAAUAACGUAGAGAGAAAAGCCAAGUUUUUCGAGUGUGCAGCAGUGGCGAAUCCAGAAAUGGAAGUCAGCUAGGGCGGUCGGUAGUUGACCUUUGACCGUCAACAGUCAACCACUAUAAUAGAGUGCCCUUCCUCAAGAAUUAUGAAAACCAAGAGAAAAUAAUGUUUCUAAUGUCUGUGAUCCAUGAUCUAUUGAUCUUCUUAAUAACUUCUAUAUAUCUUAAGUCACAGGUUACUGGCUAUACAUCUUAGCCUCUGGAGUAGAGACUCCUAAUAUGCAAGCAAUAUCAACAGUUCUAGAAAAAAAACUCUACAAUAGAAUCUUUCACAGACCUAA